CACACACGCACACACACGCACAAUCACUUCCACACACCCAGCCUCAGUCAUGUAAGUCGCGCAAGUCAGUGCUUCUUCCUGUUUUUCGCUAGUUCCGUCUUCUCUCGUGCCGUCUUUCCAUAGACUAGCCUGAAGGAGGAAGUCCAGAAAAAAAGUUUGCCCAGGAAGAACCACAAAACCGUUAAAGAGGAAGAGAGGGACCCACAAGGAGAUCAGACAAGGACUUUUCAGGAGGAGGGUUUUGUUGUGACGUUUGAGACCCCGGGGGUGUCUGCCAGUCACCAUGGGGGCUGUGAAAGGUGUUGUUGGGGUCAAAGGGAGCCGAAAAGUGCUUUUGAAAGGAGGGGACUGACACGCUCUUUGAGAGUCACCUCAGUCUUUGAGUGGAAGGGCUCCAACAAGACAUACCAGAUACCUCCUGAUGGGUUUGAGAGGGAAACCCUACCCAGAAGCCUCACAGACUGCUGAGGAAUAGACGUCACACACAGGCACACACGCACGAGUGGGAGAGGAGAGGGGCUGGAAGGAACAUGGAAGCGCUGAGAGAGUCUGUUCUGCAUUUAACUUUUCAGAUGUCAACAUAUAAGAGAGCCACGCUGGAUGAGGAGGACCUGGUGGACUCCGCCGGUGACGACAUCUACCCAUCAUCACCUAUGCAGGUGACUCUUCUGCACGGCCGUGGUCCCACAUGUUGGCCGGACAGGACCCAGAGAGAGAGGAGGCUGCUGUUUUUACUGUGUGUCGUGUCUGUGGGCCUGUUCAUAGCCCUCAUCACAACUGGGAUCUUCUACAAACAGACUCACCCGGGCUUGUGCCUAACAGAGCCAUGCAUUACUGUGGCCAGUGCAGUCAUGGGAGCCCUGGACCGGUCCGUAGACCCCUGUCACGACUUCUACAACUUUGCCUGUGGGGGCUGGGUGAAGAACAACCCCCUCCCUGAGGGCAAGUCCCGCUGGGGGCCUUUCAGCAACCUCUGGGAGCACAACAUGCUUGUAAUGAAGCAUUUAUUAGAAAACACAACAAUGAAAGGUUUGAGUAAGGCUGAGGAAAAGGCUCAGCGAUACUAUCAUGCCUGCAUGAAUGAAGCCAAGAUUGAGGAAUUAGGAGCUAAGCCACUACAGGAGCUAAUCAGCCAGAUAGGAGGAUGGGCCCUGACCGGACCCUGGGACAAAGACAACUUCCAGGAGGUCUUGCGUAUGGUGUCAGCCAACUAUCGCACCUCGCCUUUCUUCACCGUGUUUGUCAGCACUGACUCCAAAAACUCCAACAGUAACAUCAUCCAGGUGGAUCAGUCCAGCCUGGGACUACCCUCACGGGACUACUACCUCAACAGAACAGCAAAUGAAAAGUAUCUGACGGCAUACCUCAACUUCCUGGUGGAGUUAGGGGUCCUCCUGGGCGGCUCCGAGGAGACGUCUCGGACGCUGAUGGAGGAGAUUGUGGACUUUGAAACCACCCUGGCCAACAUCACCGUCCCUCAGGAGGAGAGGAGAGACGAGGAGCUCAUCUACCACAAGAUGGAGGCCAAAGAUCUGACAACUCUGGUUCCUGCAGUGGACUGGAUGCCAUACCUCACAGAAGUGUUUGCUCCUGUGCCGCUCAACGAGUCAGAGCCAGUGGUUGUUUAUGCCAAAGAAUACCUCCAGAAAGUUUCUGACCUCAUAAGUAAAACAAAUAAAAGCCUACUCAACAACUAUAUGAUAAUGAAGGUGGUGAGGAAGAUGGUGUCCAUUUUGGACCAGAGGUUUCAGGAUGCCGAGCAGCGCUUCCUUGAGACCAUGUACGGCACCAAGAAGAGCUGCACUCCACGCUGGAAGCUGUGCGUCAGCGACACAGACAGCGCCCUGGGCUUCGCUCUUGGAGCCAUGUUUGUCAAAGACACCUUUGCCGAGGACAGCAAAGCCAUUGCUGAAGAUAUGGUUGCAGAAAUUAAAAGGGCUUUCGAGGACAGCCUGAAGUAUGUGAGCUGGAUGGACUCGGAGACAAAAAAAGCAGCAAAAGAAAAGGCAGACGCAAUAUAUAACAUGGUCGGAUAUCCAGAGUUCAUCAUGAACGCCACGAAGCUGGACAAAGUGUUCAAUGAUUUUGAGGUGGUGUCGGAACUUUACUUCCAAAAUGUGAUGCAGUACUACAACUUCUCAGCCAGAGUGACCGCGGACCAGCUGAGGAAAACUCCCAACAGGAACCAGUGGAGCAUGACCCCUCCAACCGUGAAUGCAUAUUACAACCCAACCAAGAAUGAGAUGGUCCUGCCGGCAGGAAUUCUUCAGGCCCCGUUCUAUAGUCGUUCAUGGCUUAAAGCUCUUAACUUUGGUGGAAUUGGAGUAGUCAUGGGACAUGAACUGACUCACGCUUUCGAUGACCAAGGGAGGGAAUACGACAAGGAUGGGAACCUGCGUCCCUGGUGGAAGAACUCUUCUGUGGAGGCCUUUAAGAAGCAGACCCAGUGCAUGGUGGAGCAGUACGGAAAUUACAGCAUCAACAAGGAGCCUCUGAAUGGAAGACACACCUUGGGAGAGAACAUUGCUGACAACGGUGGACUCAAGGCUGCCUACAAGGCUUAUGUGAACUGGAUCGAGAAGAAUGGCGAGGAGGCGACGCUGCCUGUGCUGGGAAUGACGAACCAUCAGCUGUUUUUUGUGGGAUUUGCUCAGGUUUGGUGCUCUGUCAGGACGCCAGAAAGCUCACAUGAGGGCAUAAUCACAGAUCCUCACAGUCCAUCAAGAUUUAGAGUCAUCGGCACCAUCUCCAAUUCACAUGAAUUCUCAAAGCACUUCGGCUGCAAAGCAGAUGCUCCCAUGAACCCCAAACACAAGUGUGAGCUUUGGUGAUGCCUCAUUGCUCAGUGCUGUUUAUCAGCAUGGAGUGAAAUGGAUGUUGGUGCGAAAAAAGCUUGAGACACUGACUUUAUGUGGACAACGAACACAACAACCACUGAAACUCCUACUACCUUACCACUUAAUGCUUAUCGGACUCCUUAUCAGGACAGAAUGGGGCUGCUGUCUAUGGAGGAUCACGGUCUUCAGCGCUUCUCCACAAGAAAUGCUGGUUUAGCAAACAGCUUUUCCCGACUUCUGAAGUUAAAUGUAGCUAUAAAUGUGCUCUUUGAACACUGGAAACCCGACAAAUGGUUACAGAAAAAAUGGGGGAACCACUCUCAAAUUUUUUUAAAUUGCUUGUUUGUCACAGAAAGCGAUAAAUAAGCAAAGUGAGGUUUCUUUUUUCUUGUAACUCAUCACUGUGCUUGGAUCUGCUUCAGUUUACUUAAAUUGUGUUUUAUUUAUGGUCACAAAUGAUACUACACAGCUACAGUUUGCUUUGAACCACUGCAAUAUUCCAGAAACAUUUUGUGUACAAUCUAGCAGCUGUUGCAUUUUAUAGAGCUAAUGACGUGACAUUUGUGUUUAAAAACAGUAUUUUUUUGACCUGGUGUCGAGAUAGCACUGUUUCAUUGCUGGUAUUACAGUUCUGUAAUGGAAAGCCAAUAAUAUAGAAACACAGUGAAGGAAUUAUGAAAUUCACAGCAACAAAUUAAGGCAUCAGCUAUUUUUCCAUUUAGAAUUUGGUCAUGUAGGUCAAGUCAUGAUGUGCCAUACCUGUUUUUAUGAGUAAGAGUUUGUCAAAUUAUUUUGUAUAGUAAAACCAAUCU